GAGAGUUCCCGUACGAGCUCUAAAAAUUAUAUCACUGGUCAAGUUCCGACAGUCUAAAGCUCAACGACUGUAUUUUUGGCCGAAUGAGGCCUAAAUAACUGGUUCUGGGUACAGUGGUGAGUUAAAGUCGUGUCGUGACUACAACUGUUACAGGGCUCUAAGCGGGCUCUAAGCCUUGUCCUGAACUCCCGCUCAUCCUCCUCUCUCGAAACAGUGCAGCUGUGGAGGAGCCUGGUAGCCUAUGGUACCAGGAAUACAAAUUUAAUUAUAGGAUUGAUCACACUAGUUUUUUCCAGAUUUAUUGGCCACAUCUGACUCAAACUGAUUUUCACUGGGAGACCUCCAUCCUCGCAUAUUUACCUAACAUGAUACGUGCAGAAGACUUCUAUCAGGUUGAAAAUUCACCUCAGAAGGGUAUUGAGAGCUAUGUCAAGACGGACUACGCAUCUCCACAACUGAGGUUCCUCGUUCAGGAGGAACUUUCAGCAAUUGCCGAAGUGGAGGAUCCAAAGCUAAUGGCAAUUAUUUUUUACGAUAUCUUCAAAGCUAUCAGGUGGCUGUUUGAAAAUGCUGGGACACUGCAUUGUGAUAUUAGCUACUCAAAUGUGAUGUUCUACUCUGAAAACGGUAAAAUCUGCAGAGUCCUUCACGACUUUGACUCGGCGAGUACUGGCACACGUUCUACACCUACAUCACAACGCACAGGCACCAAGCCCUACAUGGCUGUAGAUCUCCUCUCUGGUGAUGAUCCGGAGCACUUGUAUCGACAUGACCUGGAAUCUCUUCUCUAUGUCAUGAUUCGGCAUGCGGGCCGUUUUGACGACCAAGGUCAUGUGGUGGAAAACCCUCUCUUUGGGGAAUGGGACGAAGGGACAAGGCAACUAUAUAAGACGAAACAUACAUUCAUAACGUCUACGCCGAAAUGGGACGAAUACCUGACUGGCCGGUAUUUGGCAGCAUUCGGACCAUGCUUUUCCGAUUUGCACUGGAUGUUUCGAGAAGGUUUUAGUGCUCGUGCUAAGGCAGAAGCAACACCCUCUUCCCGUCGCCCUGCUCGUUCUCGCUCCAUUUGACCCGUUAACCCUGGGUGGUAAUGUAACUUUUGAUGAAUAUCCUUAGCGCACUAGCAUCGCAGUCAAAGUAGGGCAUUUUCGACGAAUGGUCCAAUGUAAAUACUUGUUCCAUUCAAAGCUACUUUCAACUUCCUAUGUAUUGGCAAUUGGCUAAUUAACUCCGCAUGUAUAUGUGUUAAAUAAACUAUUGGUUUCAAUCAGUGAA